UUAUCUAGAUCUGACGCUGUCAUACUUGGCGGAACUGGUCAGACUGGCAACUGGAACACAAAAAUUGAUGACGUUGAUCGCAAGGCAAUUUGGGAGGGUUGUCUAGAACUAAUACCAAGUCUAAAGGAUGCAGAAAUAAUCCAACACUGGGUCGGACUACGUCCACACCGAGGUUCCGGGGUACGGCUUGAAACUCAGAGGCUCCCGACAGGAAAAAUGAUCGUACAUAACUACAGACACGGGGGAUCGGGCGUGACGUUACAUUGGGGAUGUGCGGGAAAAGUCGUCAAGGAAAUCCGGAAAGCGCUUACUCAGACCCCGGCAAAGCUGUAGGCUGUAGGGAAGCAAAGGAGCUAUUACAGACAACCAGGGGGCCGUGAAGUUGUGUGAUAAAAGAGGCCUUAUUGAAGAAGCGAGAAAAUAUAUUUUUAUAAAUACAUGUAGCACCGAUAAAUCUAAUAUGUUGUUUGAAACUUAGUUAUGGGAAGGGAAUGUUUAAUGGUCUUACGUAAUUUUUGUAAAAAAUUGAAUGGAAUGGAAUUUUUCUUUCAAAGAACCACGUAUGAUUUAUUAAAAUUAUAUAUGCGCUAUUAAAUAAAGAGUCUUUUUUU